AUGUCUCAGCCUCAGAAUCCCUCAGAGAUCACUAAGGCAACAUCCUUAGUCCUGGUGAAGCCUUCUGGCUCAAAGCGCGCCAAUCAGGCUAUCAAAUUGCUCAAUGAGGCGGUGCACCAGUGGGGUCAGCCUAAAAUGUACACGUGUUGCAAGAACUCUGUCUUUAUGGCACAGGAGUUUAAAGACUUCGUCAAAGAAUCGGGCGGAGAAUUGCACAAUGCCACUGUCACUACCGAUAAUCACCAAGCCAAUGACACGGCUGAAGCCAUUGCAAAGGUUGCUCAUGAUUGGAUAGCGAAAAUCAUGACUGAGCGCGAUCAGGGCGACUGUAUGCCCUGGUGUUACAAGUUCCGUAAUUUUUUUAACGCUGCGACCAUAGCUGCUCACUUAUAUUGGCACCGUAUACUAUGGCGACUAACUGCGUAUACGACGGGAACGCGAGGUCAUGCUAAAUGAAAGGCCAUCGUACUUACCCAAACGUUUAAAAGUCUGUAAGUCAAAAUCUUACUUUGUAGCGAUAAUAUCAUCAUUUUGAGUCAGAUUGAACACGUGUUAAGACGUAAUACAAUGGGCGAGGUUAAUAAAUGACUAAUGUACUGGGCUAUAUUCAUACUUACACGGGGUAAAAGGUAUAAAAACAGCCGGUUGGAGU